GCUCUUGGCGUCUCCUCCGAGCAGCUGAAGAAGUGGAGGAAUUGCGACCAAAAACCACAAAGCGUCCAUCAAUCAGCAGUUCAGUUUCACUUUCAGCCUCAGUCACGGAGGAAGCUCAGCAAGUGCACAGUUUGUCUAUUUUAGUUUUUAAUCCAGAAUCUAAUUGAAUAACAUGUGAAGCCCUGCGACUAGACAAGGGAUUCAGAAUGGUCUCAGAAGGUCUUCGGCAGCGACUCCUUAUGGACGGUGUUCUAAGUGCAGGUGUUGUAAAGUGCGGAGGGUUUCGUUACGAUGACGGAACCCGAUAUGUGGGCGACUGGAGUGCCCGUGGCCAGAAGCACGGCAUGGGUCAUCUCCUCCUUCCUGACGGUACUCGCUAUGACGGCGCCUUCAGCAAUGGCAUGUGUUCAGGCUUGGGUGUGAUGUGUUUCCCGGAUGGCUCUAAGUACGAGGGAGAGUUCAUGCAGGGCUGGUUCCAUGGUCAUGGGAUCUUCUGGCGCAGCGAUGGGAUGCGCUACGAAGGGGAAUUCCGUGGUGGACGGAUUUGGGGUCUGGGACUUGUGACAUUCAGCGACGGUAGCCAUGGAUUCCCACGCAAUGAAGGAUUCUUCCAGGACUGUCGGCUGAUCCGGAAGAAGAGGUGUCCAGAAGUGGUACAAAAGGCCCAGAAGAUAGCACUAAUGGCCAGGGCUCAAUGUGAUCAGGCUUUUUGAGCAUUUAUUCGUGAUAUUAAAGAUCGUAAUUUAA